UAAAUCCUAAAUUAAACGGCUAUUUCCUGAGAGGUAAAUCACUGGAAUCUCUUUCUGUAACUUGCUUGACUUUUCUCCAUACCAAGUGUCUCUUAUUUUUUCAGCGCCAUUGUUCAAGUGCAGUUAAAAAAAAAAAUGGGGGAAACUAGACCAAAAGGAUUUCAAACCAUGUGGUUUCAGACCUGAUUCAGUAAUGUGGCCUGAACACGCAGCCAAGAGUUGUUGGCAAAGAAGCGAAGCAGACCCCCAGAAACCCCUGGAUGACAAGUAUAAAAGGAACGCUGCCGUUCUUCCGGAUCUCAAACUGCCCGGCAGCGAUGGAGCCCUCACUACUGAAGAGAGGACCUCCGGCAGCUUGUCAACUCGCCAGCCGGGACCUCUGAUGAUUCACGGCUUCACAGUACCAGAGUACCAGCAGACGUAUCAUUCAGUGGUGGAUCCCCUGCUCUUAAGGCCUUGCGGGAAGCUUGCAGCCUACAGUCUGAAGCUGGGCAGAAACAUUAAGGAACAUCUGUUUGAAGAGCUGGCCUACCCCACGCUGCAAAUUUCAGAGCAGUCAAAUGGAAAGCUGGAGCUGAUGGAGAGAUUUUGUGUGCUCCGCCCGACACCUUUCAUAGAUAUAGACAGAAAUGGGGAACCACAAUAAUAUCCUCUCACUAACCUUCUAUGAUACGAGUGUACUAUUUAUUAUUAUUUGUCUCUUGAUACAGUUUUCAUUUUCCUUGAAAUGUAAAGUAGCAGCUGGAUUUAUAUUUCAAAUGUUUACUGAAAAUAAAUAAUAUUUCUCACAGUUUAAAAAAAAAAAAAAACACAAUUAUGCAAUACCUACGAAGCCAAAAUGAAUGCUGCAUUUGGGUUUGUAUCUGCCUAAGUGCUCAAUACACCAAAUCAUUAGUUUGUACUGUUUGUGUAUGAUCACCGCCUGUUCAACAGGUCACAUGUGGUUGCAACUGAUGCACAACUGCUUUCAAAGACUCGAGCAUAAAAAUCAUGCUGAAAACCAGAGAUUGUAAGUCUCUUCUUCUACUUUAAUUAUCAUCCACAUUCAAGGCUCAUCUUCAAAAUUGUCAUGUAUAAUAAUGUAAACAUUUUUAAAGGCUCAUCACAUCUUUCGUAUGCAUUUCAAGUGAUCAUAAUGGAAAAGAAUAAUUAGACGCUCUACUUUGAUUUACUUGUUGUAAAGUGUUGUCCCGUCAUCCUAAAGGCUAGUACAUCCCUUGACGGUAUAAUACAUGGUAUGAAUACAACUGUGUACCUCUUGACGUUGUUGUUGGUAGCCAUCAGCAACGGCUUCAAUGUUGUGGUUGCCAGGAGCCAGCAGAGCAUGAAAGUAGCCGCCCUCUGCAGUAAAGACUCUCACUCCCCCGUUCAGUACAAUGAUCGCCCCAACAAUAGGCUUUCCACUCUUGUCCCGCACCACGCCACGCACCCCUUUAUGGACCUG